GAAAGUUUCGGUCUGAGCCAAACGGAACCAUUCAAAAUGGAAGACAUUAUUAUUAAACAGGAUCCGGCGAAUCCGGUGGCAAUUUAUUUAGCAUUAAAGAAUCCCGUAGUAUAUGGCACUAAAAACAUAAGAGCGAGGAAGGUUAAGGGAUUCGGCAAAACCCCAGAUGGUCGCCAUGAAUUGCUUUUGCACGCGCCCUACAUCUCAAUGAUAUCCGAUUAUGAAAUUGAUGGCAAAGUGCUGAUUUUGCCCAUAAAAGGUCAAGGCAAGAGUAAUAUCACGUUGGUUGAACCACUAAUGAAAAUGAUCAUAGAUGCCACCGCGCGCAUCGAAGAUGGUAAAACUUAUAUGAAUAUAAAAGAUUUACGCGUUGAAUGUAAGCCGAAACGAUUGGCAAUGCAUUUCGAAAAUCUUUUCAAUGGCGAUAAGGCGUUGGGGGAAAAUCUAAACAGCUUUCUAAAUGAAAAUUGGAAAGAAAUUUAUAAUGAAAUGAAGAGACCUUGGUAUGAUGCAAUUGGCAAGCAAAUGAAAGAGGGUGCAACGAAAAUAUUCAACACCACACCCUACGAUGAAAUCUUUGAAAUCUUGUAAAGUUUACUACGCAAAUUAUUGUUAUCUAGUAUUUAUAUGCAUGUAGUUAUAAAUUGUUUCACUUUGAUAAUAAUGAUGAGCCAGUGAUUGAUCUUUAUACUGAGGCAAUUAGAUUUUUUAUUGCUAACUUA